UCUUCUAUCACAAGGAGGAUUUCAAAUGUUUCGCAAUAAUUCCUCUGUCUCUCAAUCUGGAUCCUCAAAUCAAAUCGUCUCUUCAGCUUCUCCAGCUUCAGUUCAAAAUGCUGGAAAGGCUUCUGCUGCUGCCUCUGCUUCUGCUCACUCUACGAACAAUGAGAUGAUGGCAUUUUUCGCAAGUCAGUCAAAGGAAAAGCUAGACAUAGCAGCUUCUGUAAUCAACUGUUUGAAUGCUUUUCUUGCAGGGAAGCUUGAUCCACCAAAGUGGAGUCAAGAUGAUUUGUCACAGAUUCAUCCAGAUGAUGUUGAAGAAAUGGAUAUCACCUGGCAAAUGGCAAUGGCGGCAUUCAGAGCUCAAAAGUUUGUGAAGAAAACGGGUAAAAACAGGUGGGGUAACGCUUGGAAUGGAGCUUCUAAAGUGCCCUUCAAUCUUCGCUGUUACAACUGUCAUGAGGAAGGACACUAUGCUAGGAACUGCCCGAAGCCACCCAUGAACAGAGAUCAGAAUCCUACUAUUCCUGCACAACCAGCUACUCCUAAUCGAGAAAGGGCUCUUGUGUCUACUACAAGUAUAGCAGAUGCAGCUGCCUCUGGAAGUCCACAGCCGCAGGGAUUAGCACAAGCGCUGGUGGUGCAGCCAAAUGUCAACUUUGACUGGUCUUCUGAGAUUGAGCGUCUGAACAUAUCAGCUCCAGAUAAUCAAGCUGCAACUUCUAACAUUGCUUUCAUGACCUCAAACGAGCAUGACCCUGAGCCACAGGAAGAGACUGCUGCUGACGAUUUCGCUUUCAUGACUCAAAUCCUGUCAGCACCUGUCAAAGGUCUCACCAAAGAAGAGAUGAUAGCUCAGAAGUAAGAUGUGAUGAUGUUCAUGGGAGUGAACCAGUUAUUGUUUCAAACAUUUCUGAACCUUAUUUUGAAUAUUAUUCUGAACCAACUGAGUCAGACAUUGCUUUUACUAAUUCUUUGUUUGCGUCGUUUUCUGCGUUUGUUUCGUCUUGUGAGCCUGCUGU